GCCUUGUUGUCCUCUGAAGGACCCUUCAGGAUUCAACAUGGCGGCGUCCUUACGGGUGUGCUGCGCCCUCCGCGUCGCAGUCGGAGCACCCUUACUCGUCCGGGGGUCCCAGCUGGCGGGCCGAGCCUCCGCCUCCUCUCUGCAGAGACACCCAGCAGCUCCACUGGUUCCACUGGUUCCACUGGUUCCUGCAGCCGCAUGGCAGCAGACCCGGCACGGCAGCUUCUUCAACAAGUUGACGGCGGAGGAGUUGUGGAAAGGUGUGCUGGCCGAGUCGGGUUCUGGGGCGAGGAAGGGCCGAGGAAAGAGAACCAAGCGCAAGCUGAAGAGGGACCUGAACCGAGGGCAGAACGUCGGAGAGGGGCGGGGAGGUUUCCUGUGGCCCGGCCUCAACACCCCGGUGCUGAAGGACGGGACCCUGCAGAGCAUGAGUCGCCGAGGGGAGAGCGAGCAGCAGGAGAUGCAGGCUGAGCUGGUGCGCCAGAGGGACGAGUGGGAGAGGAAGAGGAAGAUGAAGGUGAAGAGGGAGAGAGGAUGGACGGGAAACUCCUGGGGGGGCAUCAGCCUGGGCCCCCCGGACCCUGGACCCAACGGAGAAACAUACGAGGACUUUGAUUCACGUGUCAUUGAGGUGAAGAGUGUGUUCAACAUGACCGCGAAGGAGGGCAGGAAGCGGUCCAUCAGCUGUUUGGUCGCGGUGGGAAACGGAAACGGAGCCGCAGGCUUCGCUUUGGGGAAAGCAGCCGACAGAAUCACAGCUCUGAGGAAGGCCAAGAACAGAGCGAUCCACUACCUGUUCUACAUCGAGCGCUUCAACAACCAGACCAUUUAUCACGAC